GUGUAGCAUACAUAUUAAGCUGUGGGGCUACGCGCGGCGCGGGAAGAUAUUGCUCCUGAUUCCACCAUCGCUAGAUUUAACUUCUUACGUCAUCAAAGAAAUACUCUGGGCUGGUAAUAAAACAAGUAGAUCUGCAAACACUUGACUGGUCGCGCUGGUCACCAUGCAAACUGCGCUUCGCGCCCGCUCUGCCGCUCCUCGCGGUGCCUGCAACCGGACUGCGGUUGCACCUGUUGCAUCUGCUCACCUUCGUGGUCAGUAUGCGCCCUUCAGCGGUGCCCAGGCGCGCCCCGCUCUUGGUCGCCAGCGGCAGCAGCAGCAGCAGCAGCGCCGCGGCGCGCUCGUCAUCCGCUCGGCCAUGUUCGACAGCCUGAGCCGCAGCAUUGAGAAGGCGCAGCGCCUGAUCGGCAAGAGUGGCACUCUGACGGCGGAGAACAUGAAGGAGCCGCUCAAGGAGGUCCGUCGCGCUCUGCUGGAGGCUGACGUGUCGCUGCCUGUGGUGCGCCGGUUCAUCAAGAAGGUGGAGGAGCGGGCGCUGGGAACUAAGGUUCUGGAGGGCGUGACGCCCGACGUGCAGUUCAUCAAGACCGUGUCCAAUGAGCUCAUCGACCUCAUGGGCGGCGGCACCGGGGCCAAGGACCUGGAGCCGGGCUUCCCGCAGAUCAUCCUCAUGGCGGGCCUGCAGGGUGUGGGUAAGACCACUGCCGCGGGCAAGCUGGCGCUGUACCUGAAGAAGGCCAAGAAGAGCUGCCUGCUGGUUGCCACGGACGUGUACCGCCCCGCCGCCAUCGACCAGCUGGUCAAGCUGGGAGCCGCCAUCGACGUGCCCGUGUUCGAGAUGGGGACUGAUGUGAGCCCCGUGGAGAUCGCCAAGAAGGGAGUGGAGGAGGCUCGGCGCCUGGGUGUGGAUGCGGUCAUCAUCGACACAGCCGGCCGCCUGCAGGUGGACGAGGGUAUGAUGGCCGAGCUGCGCGACGUCAAGUCCGCGGUGCGCCCCUCCGACACGCUGCUGGUGGUGGACGCCAUGACCGGCCAGGAGGCAGCCAACCUGGUCCGCUCCUUCAACGAGGCUGUGGACAUCAGCGGCGCCAUCCUGACCAAGAUGGAUGGAGACAGUCGCGGCGGCGCGGCGCUGAGUGUGCGCGAGGUGUCGGGCAAGCCCAUCAAGUUCGUGGGUGUGGGCGAGAAGAUGGAGGCGCUGGAGCCGUUCUACCCGGAGCGCAUGGCCAGCCGCAUCCUGGGCAUGGGCGAUGUGCUGACGCUGUACGAGAAGGCGGAGGCGGCCAUCAAGGAGGAGGACGCCCAGAAGACCAUGGAGCGCCUGAUGGAGGAGAAGUUUGACUUCAACGACUUCCUCAACCAGUGGAAGGCCAUGAACAACAUGGGCGGCCUGCAAAUGCUCAAGAUGAUGCCCGGCUUCAACAAGAUCUCGGAGAAACAGCUGUACGAGGCUGAGAAGCAGUUUGGCGUGUACGAGGCCAUCAUCGGGGCCAUGGACGAGGAGGAGCGCUCCAACCCGGAGGUCCUGAUCAAGAACCUGGCACGGCGGCGGCGGGUGGCGCAGGACUCGGGCAAGUCCGAGGCUGAGGUCACCAAGCUCAUGGCCGCGUACACCUCGAUGAAGGCCCAGGUGGGCGGCAUGUCCAAACUGCUCAAGCUGCAGAAGGCCGGAGCGGACCCGCAGAAGGCCAACUCGCUACUGCAGGAGCUGGUGGCCAGCGCCGGCAAGAAGGUGGCUCCCGGCAAGGUCCGCCGGAAGAAGGAGAAGGAGCCCCUGAGCAAGGCUCGCGGCUUCGGCUCAUCGUCCAAAUAGAGACCUGUUGGGCUAGGUGGAGGCAGAUGACUGCAAACAUGGUGUGUGGGCGUUUGUGUUACGUGACGGGAUGUCAGGAGCCGCGGUUUCAUGUCCGUUGUGUACAGCUGGAAACCUGUCCUGGUGGCCUGAGGCGGCAUGGUACGGAUGUUGUGUACACGGAUUGAGUUGCGCGGGUCAAGGUCCAGCGGGGCUGCUUCGGGUUGUGCGAUGGGACAGGGAUAAGGCCGGUUGGUGGUUCAGGCCAUGCCGCCAUAGGGCGAGGCAUCCGGCAUCAGAUGGAAAAUCGGGUUAGCAAGGAGGGUGUGGUGAUGUGGGAUGCAAGCGCACAUGCUCGGCAACGGUACCGUACGGUAACUGGAAUUCAUAGCAAGGCUGUCCGCUAUCGGGCAGUUGUGCGUAAGCACAUUGUCCAUUGUCACGCGUACGGGCAUGGGGCGGCUGGUUGAUUACAGGAAGCUGCGAUGGGACGUGGUAAGGGUGUGUGAUGGGACAGUGGUAAGGCAGGUUGGUGAAGUCCCGUAGGGUGCAGCUGAUUCCCAGAACCCAGCAGAUGGCAAACAAUUUGCAACGGCAGGGCAGGAGUGCGCGGCCGGUCGAACGCCGGAGUUAGUGAGUUACUGUACCGACAACUUGCUGGCUGGCUGGAAGUUUGCUGACGCGCAUUCCUCACGCUCCGGACGUGGUAAGGGGCAGGUUGGCGCAAGGGUUAGCGUAGUCCCGUAGGGUGCAGCUUAUUCUCAAACCCCAACAGUCACCAGCCGAUUCGCGACGUCAAGGCAUGAGCGCGCAGCUGGUAGAACGUUGGAGUUACUGCUCCGAGGCGUUGCAGGCUUGCUGGCAGGCUGGUAGUUUGCUGACGCGCAUUCCUCACCCUUC